AUGACACAAAGGAGUGAGAGGUCAGAAGAUCAAAGUAUCAGAUAUGUCACCAUUGGUUGUGCACGGGAAAGGAAGGCCCGGAAUAAGAGUUCCAAUGUCGCCAACCCACAUCCGACAGGAAAAACGGACUGUAAGGCAAGAAUUAAUGCCUUAAGGGUUGAGGGAAAAAUGCGGAUAACAACUGUCCAUAAUACACAUAAUCACGGCCUCAACCUAAUGAAAUCCCGCUUUUUUCUAUGUAAUAGAGAAGUGAGUGAGACCGUUAAAAGAGUCUUAGACACAAAUGACUUAGCUAGCAUUCGAUUAAAUAAGAGUUACGGUUCUCUUGUCGUUGGCGCGGGUGGCUUCGAGAACCUUCCAUUUUUGGAAAAGGAUUGUCGCAAUUACAUCGACAAAGCACGACAUCUCCGACUUGGAGCAGAUGGUGCUGGAGCACUUCGGGAUUAUUUUAUGAGAAUGCAGUACAAGAAUAACGGAUUUUUUGCAUUGAUGGAUUUAGAUGAUGACGGUAGAUUAAAGAAUGUUUUUUGGGCAGAUCCACAUAGUCGGGCAGCCUACCAAUAUUUUGGUGAUGUAGUAACAUUCGACAUCACAUACUUGACGAAUAGGUAUGGGAUGCCAUUUGUACUAUUUGUUGGUGUAAAUCACAACGGGCAGUCGAUUCUUUUGGGAGCUGUGUUGAUUUCCAGUGAGGACACAGAGACAUUUACAUGGCUAUUCCAAACGUGGUUGCAGUGUAUGGACGGUAUAGCUCUAAAGGCUAUUAUUAUUGAUCAAGACAGAGCAAUGAAAAAUGCAAUUGCUACCGUCUUUCCAGAAACUCGACAUAGAUUAUGCAUGUAA